AUGGCCUUUGAGUACGACCCCACAGAAAUAGCUCCCAAAGUGAUAGAAGUCCUACGAUCAUUCUCUCAACACAUACGCAAACCCGGCUCAGAAGAAGACUUUGAGAAAGUGUUCGAUGCCAUCCAGGGCCGAGUGAAAGAGUACAUUUCCGAAAAUGCACCAAUUACUAUGGUCUUACCGGCAUUUCCCUGGAAGAACCCUAAUCUCGAUAAAGUCUUGGGGGCUGAUCCGGAUUUGGGUGAGGAACUUGGACUGUCGAGGUUGAAUGAUAUAUGCCAAGAAAUUUCGAAGUUCUAUCCCUAUGGUGCACGACUUAUGCUAAUAUGUGAUGUGCCUGUGUACAACGACUUGGUUGGGAUUCCCGACGAAGAAGCGUAUGACUACGGUCGACGUCUCCGGGAGCUAGCUCAAGAGAAGAAAUUCUCCUCAAUACAAUUCGUCCGACUGAUGGAUCUAAUGGGAUUGGGAGACGGGGAAAAGAUUUCCAAGCCAGACUAUUUGGAGCUUGUCCCCGUUAUUAGACAAAGAUUGAUGUCGAGCGAGUACUUUGAUCAGACCUUCAACAUUGAGACUGAACUUGAGACCAACCCGGAUACCAAAGCUACGUUUGAUGGAUUCUUCAGUCGUAUUUCGGAAGAUUUGAAAUGGGGCAAGGGACUCGAUGCGGCUGUUGUCGCUGAUCAGACUGCAUAUGACGCGGAGGUUGCAAGAGUGGUCAAAGCCAUGAUACAGCGUCUUAUUGCGUACGAGAAGUUGAUAAACGUGACUCUAGGUAGUCACAUUCGCCUCUCAAUUCAUCCUUCCAUAGGAAAGAACAAGAUAUCGAUCCCUCUUCUCCCCCAUGCAGGAAAAUUCGGUGAUAUGCCUUGGCAUGCAAGCCUGGUUGUUCUCUCCAAUGGAGACAUCAAAACAGGAGAUGCAAAGGAUUUCCGUGAACAGUACGACAUCAUCAUGAAAAAUGGCAAACCUUACUACUUCCGCGAGCGAAACACGUUGUACGACUGGUCGGUGCCGGUUGAUAUUCAACAUUCGUACAAGAGCUUGCUCUUUAAGAAUCCGGGAUAUGGUGAACAGACUCUGCAGGCCGAUGACCGCUUAAAACUUGCACGUUGCAUUGUAUCUCACAAGGAUUAUACUGUGCAUGUAGAAGGAUUCGCGGUACCAGAGGGUCAAGUGGCAUGA